AUGCCUACGGCAACUACUACACUGCAAGUCGGUGGGAGGACAACAGGAAAUAUCCAGACGCCCGUCAUCUCUGCCAACAUGUUGCAGUCCUUGAUACAUAGAUCAGCGCUGGGAAGAGUAGCCAAGAUUGGUGCUCUUUACGACAUUAGAACGGAGAGCUUCCAGGGUGAUACUCUGUUUGGCUCAAAGCUUGAAGACGAUACAGUUGAUACAAUGGAUCUUGGCGACACCUCGAUAGAGCUUGUGAUGUCAGACAACCUACAGGAAAAAUUCAGCAAACUGAAUGUAGAGGCAGAGCUUCAGGUGAGUUUAUUGGCCGGCCUGAUCAAGUUGAGUGGAUCAGGAUCCUACCUAGAGGAGGAAAAAAAGAGCGCUAGAGCUCAAAGCAUGAGUCUAAUCUACAAGCUGAGAACAGUUAAUGAAGAGAUCAUGCUUCGCCAGAAUAAAGAUAAGAUCGACCUGGAAAUUCUGUCACCUUCAAAUGGGCAAACCGUAGAUGCAACCCAUGUGGUUGUUGCUAUCGAUUGGGGAGCAGUUUGCUCGGUUACCUGUGAGUAUGAAAACAAAGAAGAUGAAAAUGUUACUGAAGUCAAAGGGGCCUUGAGCGCAGAACUUGAAAAACUCAAAGUUUUGGUUGAUGUCAAAGGGUCUGCAAAAGCAUCAUAUGGUGAUAAAAACAAAGGAAAUCAUAACAAAUUUACCUUCAAAUGCAAAGCGGAUGUGUCGGCUCCUGACAAGGAUCUACCUGUGACAUUCGAAGGUGCUGUUGAACUAGCGCGAAAUCUUCCAAGUCUAGUUAAAGAUACAAACAAAGGGAAGGGGGUUCCAUUGCUGUACAUGUUGAUGCCACUGGAUGCCGUCGUCAAGAUGUGUAGGCUCCAGAUACAACUUCAAAUACAAUACACAUCAAUCAAUGACGACAUCAUCAAAAAGUGUGCACAGGUUGUGGAGGGAAUCACCAAUAAGAGACAGUCCCUCUACGAUAUUCAAAAUGAUCUGCAUGCCAGCGCCGAAUAUGUCGCUGAAGGAUCUCUAGCUAGGAUUGAUGAUAUCUUAAACGAGUUCAUUGUGCAAGAAUCUGGUUUUAAGUCUGGGCUUCAAAAUUUGGUGAAGAACGUCAAGUCGGGAAGUGUAGAUGUCUCUGAAAUCGAGGCAUUCGUGGGUGAAGAAUUAUUUGAGACAUUUUCCAUUCCCAGGUACAAAAAUCACAUUAGAGGGUUUCAAAAAGAUCUGAACAAGCUAAAAUCUAUCCAAUCAUGGAAGAAGAAAGGAAUAAUCUACAUCGGAAAAAAAGAUGAAGUCACCAUGGACGACAGCAGAAUGGUCUACGCGCUCUACAAGACUGGCGAAGAGAAUGUAAAGAACGAUCUUGAUGAGAAAAAUCAGGAGUUUUUUUUGCGACUACAAAAAACACAUGCUCAUGAGGAGGACUACAAAUUCAAAGUUGUGGACCAAGACCUUAGAGAGGAUAUUUGGCCAUCACGCAUAAAGAAGACAACCAUUUAUAGCUUUGUAGACGGUCGUCGAACAUCGGAAGACCUGUACGCCAAAGAAGGCCAAGACUCUGAGAUGUGUCUGAUACAAAUCACUAAACCACUCUACCUGCAAACACGCCCAAACAACCGAGCACAUCUUCAGCUAAGAUGCCCAAAUGCUUUGGUCGGAAAUGGUCAAUGUUCAGGUGACCCUGUCACUUGGAAGUGUUCCAGAUGCAGAGAGUUGGUUGAGUAUGGCAUAGAAACUAAACUGUUUUACUGCAAAUGCGGAAAAUCUGACCCCGACAAAUCAUUCUGGCGUUGUAAUGAGAAGGAGCACGGCAUGAACUACGUCAAGUAUCAACACGAUAUUCUCUCUGCGGAGUUGUCAAAUCUUCGGGCCUUGAAGGAGAGAAACAUCUUGAUCCUGGGUGAAACAGGCGUUGGAAAAUCUACGUGGAUCAACGGUUUUAUUAACUACCUUUAUUAUGCUGAUCUUGAGGAAGCUAUGCAUGCCAAGGAGUUCCACGUUUUAAUACCGUCCAGUUUCACCUUUACACAACACGGGAAGGAAAAGAAGAUAAUGGUUGGGGAAAGUGACACCAAUGAGAACAUGGAAGCCGGAAAAUCUGCAACCAAAGAGCCUCGUUCCUAUGUCUUCCAUGUAGGAGGGGAAAUCGUUCGCUUGAUUGACACACCAGGAAUAGGAGAUAGUGAAGGUAUACAACAAGAUCGGAAAAACUUUGACAGCAUACUAUCGUAUCUGACCUACUACCAGGAGAUUCAUGCUGUGUGCAUACUUCUCAAGCCGAACAAUUCACGUCUAACAGCGAUGUUCCGCUUUUGUAUCCAAGAACUCCUGGCCCAUCUGCAUUCGUCGGCUAAAAACAAUAUUGUGUUUUGCUUCACCAAUGCUCGAGCUACUUUCUACCAGCCGGGAGACACCUUGCCCGCCCUCAACAAAGAGCUCGAGAACAAACAGGUUGGAAUUCAAGCUACCCCAAGCAACUACUUCUGUUUUGAUAACGAGCCUUUCCGCUUUUUGGCUUGUGUGAAAAGCGGGGUGGAAUUCAGCCAAGGGGAGAUAAACACUUAUGCUGAAAGCUGGAACAGGUCUGUUGAAGAAACCAAGAAGCUAUUUGAGCACAUCAGCUCUUUGAGGCCUCACAAUAUUCGGAACACUUUGAGUAUGAAUGAGGCUCGAAGAAUCAUCUUGGCCAUGAGCAAACCUUUGGCAGAAGUGGCCAAGACAAUCCAACAAAAUGUACAGGAAGGCAACGAAGCAAAGACACAAAUUGACCUGGUCGACAGAGAUAUGGACAGCUUGAAAGCCAAUCUGAAAUUUUCUGGAUUUGACCUGAAGCGCCUGGAGCUAAGCUAUCCUAGAACAGUGUGUGCCGAUUCAAAAUGUGUCAGAUAUGUCCCAAUCGGUGCGAGUAGUACGCAAAACACAAUAUACGAGCAAAAAUGCCAUCCGCAUUGUGGUCUAAGCGGAAUUCCAACGCAAACAACAAAUGACGCAAGACUACAGGGUUGUGCCUGCAUACGCGGGACUAAUUGUACGAAGUGUGGUCACCAUUACACCGCUCAUAUGCACAUGACGUAUGACCUGCAGGUUUUCCCCAGGGAAUUCCUUUCUGAAGAAGUUCAAACACAAAUCAAUCAGAAGAAAAGUGCUAGAGAAACCAAGAAAGCUUUCAAAGAAGCAAUUGAUACAAAAAUUGCGGAAUUGAAGGAAGAGGAAAAAAUCAUCAUGAAAACUAGCGCCAAGUAUGGCUCAUUCCUCAAAGCAAAUGCUCUCAUACCCUACAAUGAUGCAGUUGGGGACUAUCUUGACAUGUCUAUUGAACACGAGAGAAACAAACCAAAGGCAAUCCGAAAUGACACUCUUCUGACUACAAUGGAAGACAUGAAGAGACAAUAUGAAUACGAAAGGAGAAUCUUGGAUCAGGCAAUCGAUGAAGAUGGUGGCGAAAACAUACACACUCCAGAGGAAGUGAUGAAGCUUCAGAAAGAGCUCUUUGGCCUUAAGCAUAUGGGACAAACAUUGAAAGAUCUUUUUGAUGGAAUUUCCAUCUCACACUCUGCCAGAAACGUAGCAUUCAAAGAGACGACUGCCCCCAUUCCACAGAAAUACAAGAACAAAGGGGCGAAGAGCACUUGGAAAUUUUCUUUUUCAAUGCUCCAAUGGCUGCCUUUCUCACAUUGA